GGAAGGCGUGUCGGUGAGCGCGAGCUGCUGCGCGCGCGCUCCGCCCCGCUCUCAGUCCGCUCAGCGCCUCGGAGGACGGCAGUCAGAACCGCGCGGGGACACCUGAGACCUCCACACUCUGCUAUGACAUCACGCAGGUGGUUCCACCCCAACAUCACUGGAAUCGAGGCAGAGCAGCUCCUGUUGACCCGGGGCGUCCACGGCAGCUUCCUGGCCCGGCCCAGCAAGAGCAACCCGGGGGACUUCACCCUCUCUGUUAGACGGAGCGAUGAGGUGACCCACAUCAAGAUCCAGAACUCAGGAGACUACUAUGACCUGUACGGAGGGGAGAAGUUUGCCACGCUGGCCGAGCUGGUGCAGUACUACACCGAGCAGCAGGAUCUCCUGCGGGAGAGGAACGGCCAUGUCAUCGAGCUCAAGUACCCGCUCAACUGCAAAGACCCCACCUCUGAGAGGUGGUACCACGGCCACCUCUCAGGGAAAGACGCAGAGAAGAUGCUGACAGAGAAGGGCAAAGCUGGCAGCUUUUUGGUACGAGAGAGUCAGAGUAAACCUGGAGAUUUUGUCCUCUCGGUUCUGACCAACGAGGAGAAGCAUGAGAACGUGGACCGGAAGACCAAGGUGACCCAUGUCAUGAUCCGAUUCCAGCAGGACGGAAAGUAUGAUGUAGGUGGAGGUGAGAAGUUUGACACCCUCACUGACCUGGUGGAGCACUACAAGAAGAACCCCAUGGUGGAAAAGAGUGGCAUCGUGGUGCACCUCAAACAGCCCUUUAAUGCUACGAGGAUUAAUGCAGCCAACAUCGAGAACCGGGUACGAGAACUCAACAAAGUGGCAGACAACUCAGAGAAGCCCAAACAAGGAUUUUGGGAAGAAUUUGAGGUACUUCAGCAGCAGGAGUGCAAACUCCUGUAUCCCCGGAAAGAAGGCCAGAAGCCUGAGAACAAGAGUAAAAACAGAUACAAGAACAUCCUCCCCUUUGACACAACACGAGUUGUGAUUCGAGAAGCAGAUCCAGAAGUUGCUGGUUCCGAUUACAUCAAUGCCAACUAUAUCCGAAGCAUGCUGGAGGACGGGCGCCACGUGGUGGAGGGCAAAGUCUUCAUCGCCACGCAGGGAUGCCUGCAGAACACGGUGGUGGACUUCUGGAAGAUGGUCUACCAGGAGAACACGCAAGUCAUCGUCAUGACAACGAAAGAGACAGAGAGAGGGAGGAACAAAUGCGCCCGAUACUGGCCGGAUCUGCACUGCAGCAAAGAGUUCGGGAGGCUGCUGGUGAGGAACGUGGACGAGAGGCCGGCUCAGGACUACAUCCUGAGGAAGCUGGAGGUGACGCGCUCAGACCGGAAGGAGCCCUUGCGGUACAUUUGGCAUUAUCAGUACCUAAGCUGGCCCGACCACGGCGUGCCCAACGAGCCCGGGGGGGUCCUGUGGUUUCUGGAGGAGAUCAACCGCACCCAGAACUCUGCUAAAGAAGUUGGACCCAUGGUCGUCCACUGCAGUGCAGGCAUCGGCAGAACCGGUACCAUUAUUGUCAUCGACAUCCUCAUUGACAUUAUCAGCCGCCAAGGUCUGGACUGUGACAUCGACAUCCCGAAGACCAUCCAGAGGGUCCGGCAGCAGCGGUCCGGCAUGGUGCAGACCGAGGCUCAGUAUAAGUUCAUCUACAUGGCUGUGCAGCAGCACAUAGACACGGCCCAGAAGAGGCUGGAGGAGGAGCAGAGGAAUAAGAUGAAGGAACGAGAAUAUUCCAACAUAAAGUAUCCUCAGAUGACCAACUCCAGGUCCAAACAGAACACGGCGUCCUCGCGGUCUUCUUCUGUGAUGACGAACGAGGACUCUUCAGGCGUGUACGAGAACAUCAACUUCAAAAGUCCUCAGACGUCUUUUAGCAGCAACACCAGGAGGUAAACCUCGGCGGCGCUUAAAAAGAGACGGAUGGAGUUCAGCGCUCUGCCCAGCAGACGUUGGUGGUGAGCUGACCCCCCCCGAGGAGUCAGCAGCAGCCCCCUCCUACCAGCAGUGCCUUGCUACAGGAUGUGUCUGUGAUUCCACCCGCCCAGCCCUGCUUUCACUGCUCUGUCCUCCCUCCAAACCCUGGAAGCCCACGGAGACGAUUACCCAGCAGCACCUUUGGCUGAUGGAAAGAAGACCCCCCCCCCCACCACCACGACCACUACCACCCAACUUAACGGAGCCGUGUAGGAGGUCAUCGCUAAGCUGUUUUCAGUCGAGACUGUUUGUGGUUCUGGCUCUUUGCUGGCUGUGAUCUGAAGUCGGACGGCGUUCGCCGCGCCCCGUCCUCCAGCUGAUCUGCUUUUAAUCAGGCUGCUGAGUGAUGGGGGGGGGCAGUUAUACAACCUGCUCAGGGUCCUGAAGCUCAAGCAAAACUGUUAUUUAGCUUUUUCUUUAGAGAAAAACUUCUGCUUUUUUUUUUCUUUUUGAGGAAGAGUCGAUGAAGUUUGUGGAAACGUGGCGUUCUCCUGGCGUCCCGUUGUCCCUGCAGGUUGAGGCUGGGUUUGAACAUCAUGAUACAACUAAAUGUCUUUUUAUUUUUUAAUCCCAAACCAACCAGACUUUAUUAAAAAAAACGGUUUUCACACCUGAGCCGUCGCCGGUGACGCUAAAACACAAAAUCUUUAACAUACAGUAACUUUUCAACUGCGGCGCAAGUUACUUUUCUCCAUCAGGAUCUACUGAUCAUGUUAACGAUUGAAAAACUCCAGGUAAUCAAUGAUCAUAAACACUGGAGUUGGGUGUUAAAGGGUUAAACGGAACAAAGGUGGAAGUUUCUAUGCUAAAUUUAGGAAUUCUUGCAUUUAAAAAUAACUUAAAGCAGUUUUUUUUACUGAAAAAUAUUUUUUUAAAUUGUAAAAAGGAAUUGAUAGAUUGGAUGCAUCUGUAUUGAAUUUCUUAAGAUCAAUUUGACUUGAAUUCCUUGUUUUUAAUCCCAUCCGUAAAGCAGACGAGGGGAUUUGCUGCUGCUUAUUUGAGAGUUUUUUUGUGUUUCAAUGAAGCCUCCAUUCUUUGCUUAUAUUUGAUGAGAUUGUUUAAAGAAAUAAUGUAUUUUAUGCCAUAUAUAUUUAAAAGUCUGCGUUUUGAACCCAUAUUGAAGCAGCUGACCGCUCUCUGGCCGCCUGCUUCCACCGGCUGUUCUGGUAAAUCAGCAGGUCUGAUGUGGUUGAACAUCUGUCAGACGGGAUCGUCACGAGGAGACCAGGAAAAACCACAAAAGGACCAGAUGGCCAUCUGCCCAAGAUUGAAGAGCAGAUUUGUCUCCAAAAAGUAAUUUAGAAGAUGGCGGUAAUCCAGGGCUGCUGAUCGCAGGGCGAGGACACCAACGUCACUUCUGUGGCUGACCCCGCCCCUUUCCAGUCUAUAUUUAACCUACACAGAAACAUGCAGCUCCAGGUCUGCCGGAGGUUCAUCCCUUAGUUUCAUCCACCCUUCAGAUGCGUAGUGGCUCCCCCUGCAGGAUGGUACAGCCACUGCAGCAGAGACCUGCUCAGGAAUCCAUCAGGAAGAAACGCUGGUGUCAAACGUCUCAGGAGACAUCCCGCUCUCUGAAGCGGGAUAAAAUGAUCGGAUUGGACCAGUGUCUUACAACACGUCUGCUUGACUGCACUGAAACAUGAGUAACUAAAUACACCUCAUCUGCUGAUGACGUUGAAUGUACAACAACCAAAAGAUGCUGUGAGAAACCCGCCUCUUCCAUGUUUCUGUUGGGUUUUGUAGAAGCUCGCUGGAGCGCAGGCUGCACGCCGCGGCUCUGGAAAUGCGUCUGACGUGAGUUAUUGUCCUGUCGGCUAAUAGAGUGAUUUAUUUUUGUGCAUAAGCCCAGCCGGCAAGGCCAAGCGGGCCCCAUACAGUUUAAAAGGGGGCAGAAAAUGUGGGUCCUGAAUGGGUUUGUUUCUGUGGUGGCCCAGGACCCACAUUUUCUGCCCCCUUUUAAACCGUUUGGGGCCCGCUUGGCCUUGCUGGCUGGGAGGCGGUGGUUUGUAAAGUGAAUAAAUGCUGCUGCUAAGCGGACGGGACGCCUGUUGCUCCAAAUCGUUGCACUGCUGAAAACUCUGGUUACAAAACGUCACGACCACUUUGUGUGUAGAAACGUAGAGCGGUAGAUUCCCCGUGAUGGUGGCUUCGCCUGUGUGGCUCCGUGUUUGGUGAAAUCAGUACUUGAACGUGUAAAACUGCUGACCCUUCACCUCAGACCGCGAAUGUUUGUUAGUUUUCUUAGACUUUGUUUCUUUAAAUUUUGCUUUUUUGUGUCUUUUUUUUCUUUCUUGAAAUGAUGUUCUUCCGAUUGUUUGACGUUUUCUUCAUUCUCACCUUUUGUAACCCGUGUGCAUUCACCUGUGAUGGGUGUGUUCUGUAUCCAUGGAGAUGAACGUGUUUUAACUUUGACUUGAACAUGUGGACAUUGUUCUGCCCCUCCCUGAGGCUGAAGUGACUUGUUGUCUUGUGUGGUCCUCUUCCUUUUUGCACUGGCUCCACCCAGACGCCUUUUUGCUGUAUAGCUGCAAACUGCUGAUGCAAACUGUGGCAUCAAAAUGGUUUAUUACAGAUGAAUAAAAACCCACGCUGGCAUCCAUGA